AUGACUCAAGUCAUUAUGACUUCUUUGCCGCGGCCUAUUACCACCCUUUUCAUAUCUGAAAGGCUGGUCUAUCGCAGCGUGCAGAUGUCUGACUUGGAUACCUUCUAUCAAAUCAUCAGCGAACCUGGGUGUAUGGAAAUGGGUCACCCGUUUAUUCCCCGUCCACCAAUCCAAAAGUCAAUGGAUGACUUUGUCGAGUCGUACCAAAAGAAAGCUUUGAUCUUUGUUUUCAUCUGUUUGCAGGAAAAGUUAGAGAAUGGGAAUGUCACGGCGGGCAACCAAUUGGGUCUCUCAAUAUGGCCCCGCCAUCGCUCCAAGUUAAAGAAGAUCACCGUUCUACCAACUUUGCUAUCUGGCUUUCCAGAGGAAUACCGUGGUAAAGGCUAUGGUGAAGAAGCUACUAAAUGGGCUGUGGACUGGGCAUUUAAUUAUGCUGGUGUGCACCGUAUUGAACUCUGGUCCUACAGCUUCAACGAGACAGCAAUACGGCUAUGGGGAAAAGUUGGAUUCAAAUUGGAAGGCAGAAAACGAGAAAACGUGUGGUUUCAGCGAAUGGGAGGAAAAUCAGAGAUUUGA